UCAAGUUGCCUGUGGUGGUUGUCUGGGUGCUUGCAGGUCGAAGUGGUGGGCCGACACAUCGACAAUGGGAGUGCGACCAUACCUGCCCACGCGACACACAAGGGAGGCAUGAAGACAUCCAUCCAAUCAUCCCCACAAGAGCCUGUCUUCUCACUUGGUGAAUCGGUCGUUGAGUGUGUCGAAGUCGGCCAGCGUGGCAUCGGUGGUCGCCACUGUGCGGCCGUCCACAGUCACACUGAGCACCUCCGCCCCUCCCCUGCCGCCCCGGACGGCCGACGACUUGAUGAACAUGCCCAUCAUGGCAAUGAAGCUGUUGAAUGCCGAUUGGCUCUCGCUGUCCUCAGUAGGUUUGUCGAUGGCGAUGGGCGACUCGGCGAAGAAAAUGCCGUGGUAGAAGGGGAUGGGCUGCACCGCGUCGAAGAUCUUGAUCUCGUCGACCCACCCAUGCUUCAAACGGCAGAGCUUCUCACCCAACCUGACACGCAGACAACCAACACACACACACAGCCAGCAGUGAGUGAAUGAGUGAAUGAGUGAAUGAGUGUCAUUGGCUGCAUGCUCCCCUCGUCCCACCAGGAGAAGUAGAGUGGGUAUGCGUCGAUGAACAGAGUCCCGUCGGCAUCCUGGAGCAUCCACUCGUCGAACCGGUGGAGCAGCACCGCCACACACGUGCCCCGCAGCCCCUUGCGCAGCAGCACGCCACUCGGGAACGUCAUGGCAAAGCCGCCGACAUUGAUCUGCAUCACGCCGCCACUCAUGCUGCCUCUGUGCCCUUGCUGCUCGUCGAUGAUGACGCCUGCAUGUGACGGGAUGCCGAUCAGACAAGAAGAUAAAUCACGAGACGAUCUCGUGUGCUGGUGGAGCUGGGGACGCAAAGCACUCUCGCUCCACCCGGCGGAUGGACGACGGGCCGAC